GUCUGUUUGUUUCUAGGAUUUUAGCUUACAUGUUGUUCUCCAGCAUUGUUAGGAGAGGUGAGGCAGGGAAAGCAAAAGAAGAAGAUAAGAUGGGGGUGAUCAAGGCAGCUCUAGGAGAUGCAGUUCUGACUUCCCUGUGGGUUUUCAGCGCACCAAGUAUGGGGGUUUUCACAGUCAUCAUCGCCUCGUUUCUCGGCAUUCAAGCUAGGUCUUUGCUAGGCCUCUUCAUCACCACCAUAGUUGCCACAAUUCUGGUCCUAGCUUUCAGCUUGAUAGGCAAGGUUUUGGGUGGUGCCAGCUUCAACCCCUCUACCACUGCAAGUUUCUACGCUGCAGGCCUCACCCCCGGCACAUCUCUCGUCUCCAUGGCCGUCCGGUUCCCGGCUCAGGCAGCCGGUGGAGUAGGAGGUGCCAAGGCAAUUCUGCAGGUGAUGCCAAAGCAGUACAAGCAUAUGCUUAAAGGGCCUUUUUUGAAAGUGGAUUUGUACACCGGUGUCAUAGCUGAGGGGCUGUUGACUUUUGUUCUCUGCUUUUCUCUGCUUGUGAUUAUUCUCAGAGGUCCUAGAAAUCCAAUACUGCAGAUAUGGCUGCUUUCAAUUGCUACUGUGGGAUUGGUUGUUGCAGGUGGUGGGUACACAGGGCCUUCCAUGAACCCAGCAAAUGCUUUUGCCUGGGCUUAUGUGAAUAAUUGGCACAACACUUGGGAGCUGUUCUUGGUUUAUUGGAUUGGCCCCUUCAUAGGAGCAACUUUGGCUGCCUCGGUUUUCAAGACUUUGCUUCCCCCACCAAUAGCAAAGGAAAAGAAAGCCUAAUUAAGAUUCAAUAGCAGAUAGAUAGCUUUGGUGUUUAUGCAUCUCUUCUCUUCUUUGUGUAUGAAUAAUUCUCAUUGGUGAAGUUUAAGACUCAGCUUCAAUAUUGCUAAUUAAGCACUGCAGAAAUCUUAAACCAUUUGCCUUUUGUUUGGAAGCAAAGAAAAUAAAAUGAACUUUCUAGGAA